AUAUAUUUUAUGAUUUGAUGACAUUCCACGAUACUAACAUAAUGUAUGAAGUUCAUAAAUGUUUCACCAAUCUUCACGUGAGGAAUUUUAGAUUUGUUCGGGCUAUGGUAAACGAAAACGGAGGAAUUUUCUAAACCAAUUUGCCUUAUUCAGUUUCAUUACUAACAAUUCAUGCCGAACAUCAGUAUGAUAAAGACUUCUCUCUAGCUCGAGGUCUCUUAGGUUGCCCCAACCAAACGAGAGCUUCUUCUCUGUUGUUGUAUGCUUAACCUUAAAUUCCCUCGAAAGCACAUGGCACAUUCUCCUUCCGGGAAACCGAACAUCAACAAAAUCGGCAUCAAAACAGAGAGUGCAACUAGAGUCCUCGGCCGGAAUUUCUCGCUCUCCACGUAUUUCCCUUCCAUACUUCGUGAAAAAUCAGGUCAUUUUUCUCGCACUCUCCGACUAUUUUCCCGGAAGCAUCUGGCCUACACAGUUGCCCGAUGUUUUCGGCCACUAGCAGUUCGUGUUCGCAACUCCAUCCGGUUACAAGUGUGCUUGAGUUUCGUUGAACCCUUAGCUGGAUAAGGACUGGGAACUUUUCCACCAACACCUUUCUGGUUCACAUUCCGCGAGGCCGAAGUCUGUCUCUGUCUGUCCCAAGGGAAAAGCGCGUUGGAAUGUGUGGAUUUUCUUGUUUUCCCACCGCUUCGGUUUGAAGUGCACGCAGAAUCCUUUUGGAACGGGUCCUUGAGCUGUGUAAAUAGGUAUACAAGAAACGGUAUAGGAAGUGAACUCCCGUAGAAAGUGUUUUUCGUAGCAUGGUUGGUGGUAAAACGUGCAACGUGAAGAGCAUCCGGAUUCGUUCAAUCUAAAGUGCGAUUUCCCCGUUUGCGGUAAACGCUUUUCGACACGGAUGUCUAACAUGUGUCAAAUUAUUUGCUGUGCAAUUUCUUUCCGUGAAUAAUUGACUCGUCGUGAAGAGAGUCCAUUGUGUUCGGCGGAGGGAAGAAUUCGUGGAAUCUGUGUGGGAAAAUUGAGUUGUCGUGUUGUAGAUUGCGGGUCCUGUCGUAGCAUAGUUUAAUAGUGAAACAAUCCGCACAGUUUCCGUGUUCAUCGAGGAAGUGUGUCGAUUUUGUUUUCUUUUCGUUUUUAUUCUGUAUUAUAGUUUUAUCCACGAGGGAAAUUUCGCUGCAACCGAUUGCAGCAUAAAGGUUUGGCGUGGCAAACGACAAUAAUGCAGGCCCUGUGGUGCAGCAGAGAGCGGCAACUGCGAGGACAAUGCCGACAACAACAACGACGCUUACAACGCUGCAGCAAAAGCUAUAAAAAUCAGUGAAGCUGAAAGUGACGUGCCACCCCGUGCAACUGGGAGGGAAAAAAAGGCGCUGGACUCUUGCCGUGCUUUUGACUCACACGGAUGAAAAUGCGUAUGAAGUAUGGGAAGCUGUUCAUCGUUUUUAUGAUUUGCUUCAAUUUGGUAGUAUUUUACUAUUCCUGGAAGUACUUUUUAACGAGCAGCAAUUUGUUGGCGGAAACGUUCAGUAAUCGGAAGCACCGUGAUCCUGGCAACGAGUUGAACAGCUUUAGUUCCCAUGACAGUUCUUUAUUGAUGGAAACUGUUCGAAUAACCUCCGGGGACCGGGGUAGAUCAACGAAAAUCACUAAAUUCAGUCGAAUACGGGACCGCAUACAGAACACCAAUAAAUUUUUGAAGAAAAGUAUUACUGUGAUCUUUCGUGAUUUCUACGACUUUGAUAACGACCUUAUGCAAUCGAUCGCGAGUGUAACAAACCUUAUCCCAAACGUGCAAGUUUUCGUCAUAUCUCCGGAGGUUCCAUAUCCGCCGCUGGACAUAUUUACCAGUCCUGGCCAAUCAGGAAAUCAAACCACGUGGUUCGAAAAGGACAGCAACGUCAAAUUUUUCAGUCUCAGCUACGACGUUACCAAAUCCCUGAAAGACACCCUACCAAUUCUGCAAGUGCAAACCAAAUAUGUCUUAUUCCUGCCGGACAGUGUUCGUCUGAAUGGCCGAUCCCUGCUGACCCGUAUGCUUCGCGAGAUAACCUCUCCAUCCGCGAACGAACUGCUGCUCCAGCAGCAUCAGAAUCUGCUUCUACGGCAGAACAAUCAAGCCAUAGAGAACAAAAUUGACCUCAAUCAGAAGCCGGAGCGGAAGAUAAUUGCGGUUCCGUUCGCAGGGAACCCAAAGUCUACGGCAAACUGCUGCCACAUGCAGUUGGACCUCCCCAACUGGACCCUGGAAUACGUGACUGGCAACGACACCGACAGCUGUGACAUGUACAAACAGAAGCAUGCCAUCCUCGUGGAAACGGCCCUGCUGAAGGAGAUGCCCGAUACAUUAUCGUCUCCAUUUCCGGAUCUGUUCUACAUCCAAGCUAAACUGGCUAACGUCAAGAAAGUCCUCCUGAACGCAUCGUUCCAGGAUGGGAAAAAGCUGUUCACCUCCUACCACACCAAGACCAAGCGGCGCAAUUUGCGUAAGGACCAAUUCAAAGCGCUCUAUCGCAAGUUACAGAUCAAAAAGGUGGUACAUAAAAACUACCUUUACGACAAGUCCAAACUUGCCAAGCGGAAACUGAUUAAGAGCUUCGAGCAUAACAAUCAGACCAUAUCGCUGUUGACGGAAAUCAGUUUCUACGGGUGCGAGAAGCAGACCAAGAGCUGCAUCGGGCAGGUGUACAACUCGCAACCGUUCUACACCUACCUGGGUCGUCACACUCCGCCCUGUUGUCUCGAUAAGCUGAAGACCGUCUUCCGGCACGUGGUCGACGAGUUCGAGAAUGUCGGAAUCCGCUACUGGUUGGACAACUAUGCGCUGAAGAAUGCCAUCGAGCUGAAGUACCUCUCGCCGGAUGCGUACGAAAUCGACGUCAGCUUCAACAGUGAUGAUGUGCAAAGGUCUGUCGCGCUGCGGAAAGCUCAAACCAAACCGUACACCGACGGGGACGGAUUCCACUGGCUGAAGGCCACCGACGGUCACUACUUCCGGGUGCAGUACUCGAAGGUUAAUCAGAUUGCGGUUAAUUUGUUACCGUUCGACCUCAGUGGUGAAGUGGUUCGUCCCAAUGGAUUCUACGGGUGGAAGGCGAAGAAGUUUUCCGUGGAAUUUCUGCACCCAAUGUCGACGGUGCUCUUUUUGGGCAAGCCGAUUAUGUGCCCCAACAAUGUGAUGGAGUACUUGGAGACGAAGGGUGUCAAGUGAAACGGUUUUCACUAAAGGGACUUCUGGGAAAUGGGUUGUGCCAAGUUGGGAUUCUGUGAUAGAACGGUGCUGUUGACGGGGAUUUGAGAUGGUGUGAAAAAGUGAAUAGGAAGACACUCGGGUGGUGUGUACAUAACUAAGUAGCUAGCGCUAGUAGGGAAAUUUAUGAAGUAGGUUUUAGCGGGUGAAUCAUUGUGAGUAUUUGUAUAGAAAAACGCCAUGUCUAGGGAAUUGGAGCUUGUUUUAACAGAGUAGGUUGUUUACAGAGCAAAUUAUUUCUUAAAGACGGAGUUUUUAUGGAAAUGAGAUGUUUUAAUAUGAGUGAUUUGAUGGACGUUGAUUAUGAAUGAUCUAAAGCUAAUGGCAGGCUAUGAACAAAUAUGAUUUUUUCUCUUCAUUUAUAUGAACAUUUAAAUUUCACCACAAACAUUUGAAAACAACUAGGAUCUGUUUUACCUACUUUACCGUUUCCAUCCCGCAAAAAUUUACUUUGAAUGGUGCGACCCUUUCGACAAAUGACAUAUAAGUAACACUGCGGAACACGUUUUUGUCUCAAGCAUCAAAAUUUCGCUAUUCAGUUGAUUAAAGGUUGUUGAAUCCA